AUGGAUAAAGAUAGCACUUGUUGGUCUCGAUCCAACGACCUUUGGGUUAUGAGCCCAACACGCUUCCUCUGCGCCAAAGUGCUAGCUCGAGCGAGUGUCACUUCCCACUGA